AGAAACUUCAGCUUCCCGCUGCCGUCGUUGUCGCUGUCUGUGUGUGCGUGUAUGUGUGUGGGGGCAUCUCAAGCCACACUAGUGAACGAGUCGCACAGCAGGCAGACCGCUUGGGAGGAAAAGGCGAAAGGGAUAUAUUUAUAUAAGUAGUUUUGCUUAGUGAGGCACGAAAGGACAAGCAAAGAGCACAGGAUGAUGCGCCGCUCUAGUGUGCGGUGCCACCGCACAGGCAAGGCGCGCGCCUUUGUCAUGCACGACCCAUCUCUGAAGCUGCUGCGGGCCGGCAGUGGCUUCCAGCCGCUCAAGCGCAUGGGCAUGCCCUCGCAAAACACCUUGGGCUACCGACAGGUGGACGACUUCUACGCAAAUAAUCAGUACCAGCACGCCUGGCCGCUGCUGUCACACGACGACCUUGGCAACAGCGACCAGUCGAACCAGACGAAGAACAUCCUGUACUCCAUGUACAUGCCGAAGCGCAACAAAGGCACUGCGCCGUGGUUCCGCGGUGCCGACACGUACUCCGUGAAGUACUGCGAACAGGGCCGCUACGAGUACCAGCGCUACCUGAUGAUCAACCGCUUCCCCAGCGAGUACAAGAAGCACUUUCUGCGUUUCCUGGGCAACAUCCGCGGCGGCGGCGCACCCAACGCGAUCCCGCAGGAGACGCUACACUGGCUGCUCCGCAUGAUCGUCGACAACUUCAACCCACAGCACGUGCACUACAUCGCGGCGAUGCGGACCCUCCAAGACGCAGGGGAGCUGGACAUGGCGCGUGAUGUGUGGAAGAUUAUGGAGCGGCAGCAGACCUGGCCGGACACGGCAACGUUGAUUGCCUACUUAGACGUCUGCGUGGAGGCGGGCGAGAAGACGUGGGCCGCGGAGGCGUGGAACCGCUACUGCACGGAGCUGCGCUUCCUCCAGGACGGCGACGUCGACCCGAAGCCGAUCACCCGCACGCCCUUCUCGCUGACCCGGGAGGAGCUGCUGUACCUUCCUAAGUGGAAGAAGCACUUCGACCACGACCCGAACCUCGACGUGCCCGACCUGAACCGCUUCAAUCGCACGCGUGAAAUAUAUCUGCGCAUGGCGAAGGUGAUGCUGGCAGGCGAUGACGUGCCCAUGUUCGAGCACUUCUUUGCGAAGCUAGAGGCGGCGAUGCUGACGACGCCGACGCCGGUGCCGGAGCCGCCGAACCCGCACCUGCUGCGGCGACCGCGCUGGGCCCCGUACGAACACCAGAAGUCACUUCACGCCUCGCCGUGGCGCAUGGAAGACAACGGCCGAGUCAUGGCCCUCGGCCCCUCGCACACCGCCGAAGACGAAAUGCAGUCGCGCUUCUUCAGCAAUCCGCAGUUCCUCGUGCACGCCGUAAAGGAAGUCAUCGGCGUGGUGCUGCGGCGGCACAUGGCGAUGCAUCCGGAGGCAACGGACGGGCAGACCGCCGCGCCGGCGUUCUUUGAGCUGACGCCGACGGCGCAGGAAACGCUCGCGCUGUGUGACGGCCUUGUCCAGCGAUUAGUGGAUCGCCUAGAGACGAAGCUCGGCAAUAUGGACACCUCCGCGCUGCUCUCCACCUGCCUGUGUGUGCGCCGUGUCGUGUGCAAGCAGUCCGGCCAGGCACUCGCCGACUACGCAGAUCAGUUCCUUUCCAAGAAGGCAACGCUGAGCCACGACGGCGCGAAGGAGUCGCUGACGGCGCCGAAUUACUACCAAAUUCUCGCAGCGUACGCCGAUGCGAGCGCCUACUCCUACAACGCCAAGGCGCGGCAGUACACGUACGCCCCGGCUUUUCGGCCCAUCGAGGUGGUGCAGCAGCUGAGCCGCACGCUGACGGAAAUCACGGCGAACCCGCACGUAGCGUGGUCGGCCGAGAUGCACCUGCAGGUGAUCCGCACCCUCGUCGGCUGCGGCACCAUGAAAGCAAACGCCUACUUCGUGGACAACGUGCUGCGGCAGUUCCGGUGGGACAGUCGCUUUCUCGAGGCCCUCUACGCCGAGUACCGCCGCCAGGACAGCGUCGACAUGUGGGCCGAGCUGACGAAGCGAGCGCUGAUCUGGACGGCUCGCUACAACGUCAUCGCGUCGGAGCGGCUGAAGCGGCUAAUCGAGGACGACUACGACGUCAUUCACGUGCAGACCCGCUCCUUCCGCGAGCUGGCCGUGUUCCAGUUCCGUGACGUGGAGGAGAAGCGGCACGCCCGCAACGUGGUGAAUGAACUGCCGAACCCGUGGAUCGACUACGUCACACACGCGCUGCCCUUCCCCGACCGCGACGCCGGCUACCCGGAUGAGUACGGCGACAUUGGUCAGUGGCGUGCCCCGGGAGGUCCGGGAUCUCCGGUGAAGGGCCCGGGAUACUACGCACCGCCGAUGGAGGGAGAGCACAUGCGGGGCUACACGGCGGAGUGGCGUGAUUUGAAGAACCCGAUGAAGCCGCCCGCCUUCCCGGAGCCGUGGGACCGCAAGUACAAGCAGUACGCGCGUGGUCAGCACCCAUCGUACGACAUGGUGUACGCGGGCCCGAUGCCGGAGAUCUUUCCUGGUCGCCGCGACUUCCGCAAGCCGACGCGGUGGGACUACCACGACGUGGAGAAGCAAGGCAAAUUCAAGAUCAGCGGUCCUUACUAA